AUGCGAAAAAUAUUUCGUAAUCAAAUUUUUAAUCCGCUUUGGCGGAAUAUGUGUUCUCUUGGAAAGCUAGACAAAUACGGAGGUCUUCAUAUCGACCUUACGACAAGAGCAAUAGAGGGCAGUGGGAUUUCUGAUAAACUACUUCACCUCUGUCGUCUUCGGCGCUCGUUUCCAACAGCAGUCUGGGUUUAUCUCAACCAGGACCAUUUCCAUCUUAUUCCCCGUUUAUGCGAGCCUUCGCCGCAUGGGCCAGGUUUGGUAUUCCAUCAUGCUACCGGUCUUUCUGUGACAUUAUUUCGCUGGCUUGCUGAGGGUCCGUGCCGAGUUCCAGAGUUCGCCACUCACCAACUGGGCGUAGCUGGUUCUGCCGUGCUGCGUGAAUUAUAUGAAGAAACUGGGAUCUUGGCUGAGUUCUCCGGCAUUCUUGCCUUGCGACAACAACAUGCCUUUCCUGGAUCCUUUGGUCGAUCGGAUUUCCUUGUGGCUUGUCGACUUCGCUUGCCAAGUGCAUGCGAGGAACUCCCUCCUAUAAGACCAUGUAAAACGGAACUGUCGGACGGGAUGUGGAUGCCCAUGACCAAACUGAGGUCUGCUCAAGUGCAUUCUGUGAUUAAGGACCUGACCUCCGAACAGAUGGCCUGUUCUGAGAAUAUUCACAUCACAACGUUCACCAGCGAAAUUCUUCGCUUGCUUUCACCGUCGAAACCAGCGUCCAACGCCUUGGAGCUACGACAGCAUCGUUUUGACUCGAUCCUAGGUGGACGCUGGUAUGACUUAUACCUACCUCGCUGAAUUGCGUGUGCAGUUUAACGAUCGGUCCUCAGACUUUGGGAUUUCGCCUUCCAAUGUAUUUAUGCUGUCGUUUUGUUUUCUCAGCGUAUUCCCUAUUUACUUUUCCUGGUAGUCACUUUUAAACGUAGAAAUAGUCUUUACUAUGUACUUCCUAGAUAAAACGUCUAGAUGAAAUGUCCUGCUCCAAUAUUUGAGGCAGUUCCUGAAUCCUUCUGGAUUGUACGAUACAUCAUAGUUACAGGAACGUGUGAAUCAAUUUGAUCCAGCCUUUCAUCUACGUGGCCAGCUUCAAAGGUUCUCAGGAGACAUGGUGCUUGUGCCAUUUCAACGUUGUGAUUGACUUCUUGUGGCGUCAUCUUUCCGCAACUUCUUGCUGACUACACCUGGAUGGCAUGAACCACUUGGUUUAGCGGUGAAUGGUACUGAUGGGGCUGCGAGUAGUCUGAUGGGGCAUGCGAGUAGUGUGUUUUCUCGUAAAUUUGCUUCGCGUUUCUUGAAAAGUGAGAUCUAUUACGGAAUUUGUGGAGUCGCAUUUGCUUGCAUUUGUACAACAGUCAAUGAAUAUCCGGGAAAAUUCAGGAAGAUGCGUUCAAGUAGAAUAUGGCUAUUCAGUUUUUGUAAACAAGAUGCAUGAGAGUUUUGCUUCCUUGUCAAAUAGUCUGUAGCUAUUCACUUGGCGUUUUCUAAUAACUCCACAGCGAAGUCCUUCUUCCUUUCACUUGUAUUAUGGAUUCAAGUUUGGUUUGAGUGGUACCAUUACGAUACCAGGUCCUCUCGCUGUCAGGAAGGUCAGAUUACUGAAAAUAACCCCAGAAUGUCCUAAACUUAUUGGGAACCACCAACCCAGCCAAAUUCGCUUCAGAAAGGCUGCCCAUUCUCCGGGUUAAUAAAGUUAGUUAUCGAUUAGACGUUCAAGCAGCCAUUCAGCGAUAAUCGUAAGUGCGGAGUGCGCAUGCUUGUCCUAGAAACGACGCCAAUCAGUUACUCAACAUCGACCGCAC